UGCAGAGCACGAGUUUUAUGAUUGGAGUAUGUAACCACGCUCGAUACGCCACUGGUCGCGAGGUUAGCUAGUAAACAAACCCGACAAAUGUAAAGCACGUUUGGAUGACCGCUUCACUUUUAUUGGGAUCAAUUCUUUGAGCUGUGUGUCUGGUGUCUCGUCGUUGUCCACCUCAGAACCGAAAAUGGUCUUCGCUAAACUUAUUACCACAGCCUCAAGGCUCGGCAAUAAAUCGGUUUUAAGACAAAUCGCCAACAGGAACGUCUGCGAAUCUUAUAGGUUAAUUAGCUGUAGUCGCCAUCUAUUUGCAGAAAGGUUAUACACGGACAAGCACGAAUGGGUCGAAGUUGAUGGUAAAGUAGGAACUGUAGGCAUCUCGAGUUAUGCACAAGAAGCUCUGGGUGAUGUUGUAUACGCUCAAUUACCAGAUGUCAGCAUGGAUUUAGCUAAAGGAGAUGAGUGCGGAGCUCUUGAAAGUGUUAAAGCUGCCAGUGAAAUCUACAGUCCGGUUUCUGGAAAAGUUACUAGCAAAAACACAGAAGUCGAAGAUUCGCCAUCUCUGAUCAAUACAUCAUGCUAUGACAAAGGAUGGUUAUAUAAGAUCGAACUGAAGGACUCGUCAGAGUUGAAGGGCCUGAUGAAUGAAGAGAAGUACAACGAAUUCUUGAAAUCCGAUGAUCACCAUUAAACAUCCUAGAACUGAUACUGCCAGUAUACUCAUUUAUUUUUUUUAUUUUCUAUGUUGUUUAUUCUUCAAGUGUAUAUAAAAUGUAAACCAAAGUCACAUCCAAACUUAGCUAAAUGUUAAUACCAAAAAGAGUGAGAGCGAUUUUCGUUAUGCGUAGACGCAACUGAAGUGUAAUAUACUAUAAUUAAUAAUAAUAUUUAAAACAAACGAAGAAAUAAAGUCAUUGCCGAAAUAUAGAAAGUGAACCGGU